AUGCGCCAAGAGCCGAUCAUGCGAUGGGACAACUUCCGUGCGAUGCCCUCCAAUCAGGGAGGAGAGACCACGUGGGAGCGCAAGUCGAUCGGGACGGGAUCGUGGGGGAUCAAGAAGGGAAGGGGCCUAGUGUCAGAGUUUGACCAGAAGACGAAGGACCUGCACGACGCGGCGAGGGCAGGGGACGCGUUCAAGAUCGAGCGGAUGGUGAAGUUUGUCGGGAUGAACCCGGACGAGGAGCUCGACGGUCUCGCUCCUAUACACGUCUCGGCCGCUGCCGGUCACUGUGAUGCCACACAGACUCUGCUGCGACUCGGAGCAUCGGUCGGGAAGAUCUCGUUUGAAGGGAAGAGUGCUCUGAUGUAUGCCGCUGAAUCAAACAACACCAAAGUUGCCCGCAUUCUGCUGCAGAACAAGCAGAUUUAUGCAGGAUGUGAGAUCGGAGAGGCAGGGGAGCUCGACUAG